AUGAAUAACUGUAACUAUAUGACUAAUAAUUUAUGUGAUAUACUGAAUAUUUUUUCUAAUAUUCGUGUUCCUAUAAUAUGUCAAUUAAGUCAAUGCUAUUAUGGUGUAGAUAUAAUUGACAUUAGUAGUCUUUUAUGA